AUGGCACAUACGUGGAUAGAGAGUUUUUACGGCAUAAAGGGCAGUGAGGGGGAGGCGUUUCCUAUGGAAAUUUCCACGAAACAGUUAAAAUGCAAAUCAUAA